AUGGGAUUAGCAACAGUAGUCGAGAACGAGGCGCAUUUCCAAUCUGAAAUGGCGAACGCCGGCACUAAAUUAGUCGUUGUAGAUUUCACAGCGACUUGGUGUCCACCAUGUCAGAGAAUUGCUCCCUUCUUUGAGCAGUUACCUGCGAAGUUCCCGCGGGCAGUUUUCUUGAAAGUAGAUGUAGAUAGAUGUGCAGAAACAGCUAGUGCACAGGGAGUCACUGCGAUGCCAACUUUCCUAUUCUAUCGUAAUAGAACAAGGAUUGACCGUCUUCAAGGUGCUGAUCCUGGUACUUUAGAGAACAAAGUGAGACAGCAUUAUGGUACUGAUGAUGCUGGAGAUGAAGAUAACUCGGUCGCUGGUCAUAUGGAUUUGGUAACAUUUAUAAUGAAGAAUGAAUGUGAGUGUUUAAAUGAGGCUGACAACCAUCCUUUAGCACAUGCACUGACCAGUGGAGGUGGAUACCUAGCCAGCGACUGUGAUGAACAGCUCAUUAUCAAUAUAUCUUUUAAUCAGUUAGUGAAACUGCACUCUCUGAAAGUCAAAGGACCAGCAGAUAAAGGGCCAAAGGUUAUAAAGCUAUUCAUCAAUCAACCAAGAACGCUAGAUUUUGAUCAAGCUGCUGGCAAUGCUUCCAUUCAGGAAUUGGAAUUAACACCAAGUGAUCUGGAGGGAAAUCCAGUGCCGUUAAGAUUUGUUAAAUUUCAAAGUGUACAGAAUAUUCAGUUGUUUAUAAAGGACAACCAAUCUGGUGACGAGGUGACUCAAAUUGACCACCUAGCUUUUUACGGUUCACCGAUUUCCACUACAAACAUGGGAGAAUUCAAACGUGUAGCUGGCAAAAAGGGUGAAAGCCACUAG